UUCUGUGUGCUCUCUGUCUUGAAGGUAACACGGCUUUACACGACUGCGCUGAGUCCGGGAGCUUGGAGAUCAUGAAGAUGCUCCUGAAGUACGGCUCCACCAUGGAGAAGGAUGGCUACGGGAUGACGCCGAUGCUCUCCGCCAGCGUGACGGGCCACACCAACAUCGUGGAUUUCCUCACGCAGCACCCUCAGACGGGCAGAACGGAGCGCAUCAACGCUCUGGAGCUGCUGGGGGCCACGUUUGUGGAUAAAAAGAGAGACCUGCUGGGAGCACUGAAGUACUGGAAGAGAGCCAUGGAUCUGCGGCACAGUGACCCCAACCACGUGCUCCUGAAGGACGAGCCCAAGCAGCUGGUGCCGGCCUACGACUACAGCAAGGAGGUGAACACGUUCGAGGAGCUCGACAGCUUGAUCGCAGACCCCGACGACAUGCGCAUGCAAGCGCUGCUGAUCCGAGAGCGCAUCCUCGGCCCGUCUCACCCGGACACAUCCUACUACAUCCGCUACCGGGGAGCCGUCUACGCCGACUCGGGCAACUUCGAGCGCUGCAUCAAGCUGUGGAAGUACGCUCUGGACAUGCAGCAGAGCAACCUGGACGCGCUCAGCCCCAUGACGGCCAGCAGCCUGCUGUCCUUCGCCGAGCUCUUCUCCUUCAUGCUGCAGGACCGAGCCAAGGGUCUUCUGGGCACCUCCGUGUCCUUCCAGCAGCUGAUGGAGAUCCUCAGCAAGAGCGUGCUGGAGAUCGAGCGUGCCGUCAAGCAGCCGCGGCCCGGCCCGGAUCCAGCGCAGCUCAGCAAGGUCCGCCUUCGUUCUGAUGUUCACAUGCCAAUCUACAAGCGCUGGAUGAAAUCACGUCUGCCCUACGUUUUUAUUUUCUAGUUUGAUAUCUGCUUGGAUUGAAAAUACAUCACAAUACAGUAGCGGAAGUCCGUGGAAACAUCAAAAAGCAUUAUUUAUGUUGGUAUAGUGUUUAAAUCAGGUGGUAAAUGUGAUGACCGUACACAUACAAACAGACUGGAAACAUCAUGACUGAUAUCUAAUCCGGUGUAGUUGUGUGUAGAUCGCUCCUGGAGUCUGUUUCUACAUGUGUGUGUGUGUUUGCACCAGAUAAACAUUGUCUU